CACAAAACCCUAAAACACAAUCCCUUUUCACUUCUCUCAAACUUUCGCCUCCACCAUUUUUCCACAGACGAAGGGAGAGAGUUGAAACCAAAGCGACGCAGCCAUGAAGUUCAAUCCCAGAGUUUCAUCAUCAAGAAGGAAGAACCGCAAGGCUCACUUCACAGCACCAUCAAGUGUUCGUAGGGUUCUUAUGAGUUCCCCCCUUUCAUCUGAACUCCGCAGCAAAUACAAUGUAAGAUCUGUUCCAGUUCGCAAAGACGAUGAAGUUCAGGUUGUAAGAGGAACUUUCAAGGGCCGUGAAGGAAAGGUUAUUCAAGUUUAUCGCAAGAAAUGGGUUAUUCAUGUUGAGAGAAUUACAAGAGAGAAAGUGAAUGGAUCUACUGUUAAUGUUGGCGUUAAUCCAUCAAAGUGUGUUAUUACUAAGCUCAGACUUGAUAAGGAUAGGAAGUCGCUCUUGGAUCGUAAGGCCAAAGGUAGAGCUGCUGCUGAUAAAGAUAAGGGUACCAAGUUUACUACUGAUGAUGUUAUGCAGAACGUUGAUUGAUUGAUUGGUGGUUCAUUGAUCCUCUCUUCAGGUUAUUAUUAUCUUGUUUUUAGGGUUUCUUUGUUAUGAGUUAUGUUUUCGUUUUAGGGUUUCAUGAAUUUGGGGAUUUUGAAAACAUGGAUUAUUAUGAUGAUGAUUAUGGUAACAUUUUGUCUAUGAAAUUGGAUAUUUUAGGUUUUAAUUUGUUUGUUUAUGUUAUUAUUGAAUCUGUGAAUGGUGAAUGGAUGUUUUGAAUUUA